AUGAGAUGUAUAAACGUCAAAGCGAGAGGUGUCUGCUACUCGUCUUUUUUGCUCCAUUCCAUUUGCCAUAGAAAAGAGCUUUUUCUUUUCUUUUUUUUUUCUUGUCACCCUGCUAAGAAAUCAUUUUCUUAUAACGGAAUCAUUUCUUUCUUUCUUUUUUUUACAUUUUGUUUUGCUAUGAGAAGCUCGGCAAAACCUAAUAUCGCUUUCGUUUUUAUAUUUCUGACAUCUAUCUAUCUAUCUAUCUAUCUAUCUAUCUAUCUAUCUAUCUAUGAUAGUAUUUUUCUUUCUUACUUUUGUUUUCCUUUCUUUUUCCUUCCUUCCUUCCUUCCUUCCUUCCUUCCUUCCUUCCUUCCUUCCUUCCUUCCUUCCUUCCUUCCUUCCUUUAAUUCUUUCUUUCUUAUACUGUGUUUAUACAUAGCUAAAUACAUCUUUUGCCUUUAUAUUGUUUACAUCUAUCUAUCUAUCUAUCUAUCUAUCUAUCUAUCUAUCUAUCUAACAGCAUUUUUUCUUUCUUACUUUUCCUUAACUGACUCAGUGUUUUUCUUUCUUUCUUUCUUUCUUUCUUUCUUUCUUUCUUUCUUUCUUUCUUUCUUUCAAUUCUUUUUUAUACUGUGUUUUAUACAUAGCGAAAUAUUUCUUUCGCCUUUAUAUUGUUUAUCUAUCUAUCUAUCUAUCUAUCUAUCUAUCUAUCUAUCUAUCUAUCUGUCUAACAGCAUUUUUUCUUUCUUACUUUGUGUUGAUACCUGGCUUUCUUUCUUUCUUUCUUUCUUUCUUUCUUUCUUUCUUUCUUUCUUUCUUUCUUUCUUUAGUUCAUUCGUAACUUUUUUCACGGUCCUUAUAACUGGCUGUGUUUUUCUUUCUUUUUUCCUUCCUUCCUUCCUUCCUUCCUUCCUUCCUUCCUUCCUUCCUUCCUUCCUUCAAUUCUUUUUUAUACUCUCUAAAUAUUUCUUUCGCCUUUAUAUUGUUUACAUCUCUAUCUAUCUAUCUAUCUAUCUAUCUAUUUAUUUAUCUAUUUAUCUUUCGACUGUUUAUUUAUACCUGGCUAUAUUUUCUUGCUUUCAUUCUUACUUUCUGUUGAUACGUGGAUCGAUCCAUCCAUCUUUCUUUCUUUCUUUCUUUCUUUCUUUCUUUCUUUCUUUCUUCCUUUCAUUUAUUAUUUGGUCCAAGCGUAUCAAUAUCUAUCUAUCUAUCUAUCUAUCUAUCUAUCUAUCUAUCUAUCUAUCUAUCUAUCUAUCACAAUUUAUACGUAAAUUCAUCUUUCUUUCUUUGAAUGUUUUUAUACGUGGCGCCAUCUUUCUUCCUUUAAAUGCGUUUAUACAUAGCUCCAUCUUUCAAUCUUCAUUCCGUUUCUUUUACUGUGUUCAUACCUGGUUUUCUUUCGUCAAAUGUGUUUAUACGUGCCACCAUUUUUCUUCUUUCUUUGAACGUAUUUGUACGUGGAUCCAUUUUUUUUUGUUCUUUCUUUUUGACUGUGUUUAUACGCGGGGUUCAUUCUUUCUUUCUUUGACGAUGUUUAAACGUGGCGCCAUCUUUCUUUCUUUAUACCUGGAUAUUAAGAAAAGCCUGUCUUUCUUACUUUCUUUGGAUGUUUAUACGCGGCCCCAUCUUUGUAUAUUUCUCUCUUUGACUGUGUUUAUACGUGGCUACACUUUUCUUUCUUUUAAUUUCUUUAUAAAUGGCUCCCUCUUUAUUUUCUUUCUUUCUAUCUAUUUCUGUCUUCACCUAUCUGUGACUGUGUUGGAAAUCUGCUCUUUCUUUCUUUCUUUCUUUCUUUCUUUUUUUCUUUCUUUCUUUUCCUACUUUCUUUCUUUCUUUCUUUCUUUCAACUUCUUUCUUUCCUUCCUUCCUUCCUUCCUUCCUUCCUUCCUUGUGUUGAUACCUGGCUUUCUUUCUUUGAAUAUAUUUAUACGUGGCCGUAUCUUCCUUUCAUUCCUUGAAUUUGUUUAUACGUGGCUCCAUAUUUAG